UUCUUCCUUUAAAUGUACACUGCGAGAUCCAACUUGCAAGCCAGCUGUUUCUUACCGGCCCGUUUAAUCUCCCAGAGCCCGGCUUUGCUUCUUCCUUUAGCAGCUAUUUCUGUAGCGGAUCGGGCGAGGGAGAGCGCCGCUAUGAAUUUUAAUGCUUCCACCGGGGAAUCCCUCCCGCCUCCUCUUUUUUGGAUGAGAUCCUCGAGGAAAGACCCAGAACACAGCGAGGAGGAGGAGGAGAAGAGGAGGAGGAGAGGGAUGGCGUAGCCGCGGUAUCGGGGAAAGCGGGAAGGGGGAGCCGCCGGGAGAGGGGGGCCGGCAGCCGGCGGGGUGUAAUUAGGGAAGGUGGCGAGGACGACACCGAGGCGGGCAGAGGGGCGGGUGGGGAGCGCGGAGCCAUGGGGGAGGAAGGAGGAUGACUCGGGGCCUAUUUCGCUGCCAGACCCCGGCACGUCAGCAGCAGCAGCAGCAGCAGCAGCGGCGGCAGCCGGAGCUCCGCGGUCCCGCCGCCGCCGCCCGCGGACACAUGCGCCCGCCGGCAUCCCCCCGGGCCGGCCGCGACGGGGACGACGCCGAGGCGAUCCCGCUGCCCCUGGGUCCCGGCGAGAGGCAGAGCCCGCGGCCCGGGCGCUAGCCCGCCUCGCCAUCCGCACGCCGCGGCCCCAGAGGCCGGCCGGGACGGCGCUGGGCGGCGGGGGGCCCCCCCCUCCGGGUCGUGCGCUAGCCCGCCGCUCCAACGCCGGCCGCCCCAUGGAUAAGGCGGGCUCGCUGCACACCUCGGUGCCCACGCCGCCGCCCCGGCUCUACCUGCCGCGCAACUUCAGCUGCAGCGCUUGCCUCUAUGGCAGCCUGGCCGAGCAGUGCAAGGGGGGCUGCAGCCCCGACGGCGACGCCGCGCCCCCGCCCGUGGUGCGCGAAGCGGCGGGCGAGAAGCCGCCGCCGCCGCCCCGCGGCCGGGAGCCCUCGCUGCCCGCCGUGCCCCCCAGCCCCACGCAGCGCCGCCGCGCCAAGUCGCUGCCCACGCCCGGCGACCGCAGCCUGCGCCCGGCGCCGCAGCAGAGCCCGUCUCGCCGCAAGACGGUGCGGUUCGCCGACUCCCUCGGCCUGGAGCUCACCUCCGUGCGCCACUUCUGCGAGGCCGACCUGCCGCAGGUGCCGCUGCCCGCCCCGCCGCCGCCGCCGCGCACCGCCGACCUCUUCAAGACCAGGAAGCCGCCGGCGCUGGGCGACCUGGAGCCGGUGCUGUUCGGGCCGCCGCCGCCGCUGCUGGAGCCGCUCUUCCCGCCGCAGCCCGGCGCCAGCCCCGGCUUCGCGGAGCGGGUGCGGCGGCACAAGGUGAGGCUGGAGUGGGUGCGGGCCGAGCCGGCGGGGCUGCGCGGCGCCGUGCGCGUCCUCAACCUGGCCUACGAGAAGGCCGUGUCGGUGCGCUACACGCUCAACGCCUGGGCCAGCUGCGCCGAGGUGCCCGCCGCCUACCAGCCGGCCGGGCCGGCGGACGGCCUCACCGACCGCUUCGCCUUCCUCCUGCCCCUGGGCGCCGCCGCCGCCGAGGCCGCCCUGGAGUUCGCCGUCCGCUACCGCGUCGCCGGCGCCGAGUACUGGGACAACAACGAGGGCAAGAACUACCGGCUGCGGGGCCGGCAGCGCGUCCCGCCCGCCGCCGGUCCCCCGCAGGACCCCGACAGCACCGCCUGGAUCCACUUCAUCUGAUGAGGCGCGGGGCGGCGGCCGCCUCCUCCUGAGUGGGGGGGGGGGGGGAAGCCGCCGUCUCAGCGCCGAGGGGCAGCGCGGAGCCCCGCGGGGCCGGCGGGCCGGUCCUGCCCCCGCCGAGGGCUGAGGAGGGCCGCGGCGGGAGCCCGGAGGGCUCGGCACCCCUCCGGCCUCGCCGGCGGGUCCGCGGCCCAGCGCAGGCCUCGUUUCCAGCCGCCCCUCUGUUAAGCGGCCGGAAGCUAUUUUCCCGAAUGCUGUUUACAGGUGGAUAAUUUGUAUUUUCUGUGGCCCCGGCCAUGUCGAGGGGAAACCUCGCGGGCUGUCGGCGGGGAGGCCGGGGGCACGGCGUGCGGCCCACGCACGGUCUCUGCCUCGGUUCUCCCGCGGCUACCGGCAAAGCAGCUGCCCGGCCAGGCUCCGGAGCCAGGGGCCGCAGGAAUUUCCUAGUCAGGACCGGGACCCACAGGUGCAAAGACGUGCUCCCGGGUGCCGGAGGUCAGGACCAGCAGGGUCAGGGCUCUGGAAGCGCGGAGGGCAGUGUCAUAGGGCAGCCGUCCAGCCAUCCUGUUUGCCUAAUCCUGCUUAAGCAAAGCCCGGCUCCGGCGAGGUGCUGGAUCUGUGCUUGGAGCCUCGCUGACCCACUCGUGGUCAUUGCCCUGCGGGGUUAAGGGCCCGACAGGGCAGGGUUAAGGGACAGACUGCGGUUUUGAACCCAAAAAGGCAAGAGUACGGAUGCCCCCGGGUGUAGCUGUGUUUCAUCGCGCUGUAAAAGCAACCGAUCGGUUUAAAGCAAAGAUAUACUUAUUUUUUUAAUUUUGAACCCUGUUUCAUGUGUUUAAGCAUAUUCAGAGAAGAGAAAUAACGCCACAUACCAAUUGAAAUGCAACCCACUGAGAGAUUUUAAAAAGCAAGUGUUUCGUUUUCAGGUUCACGUGGCAUGUUGUAAAGGUGUGUCAGGAUCUGAUGUUUGUUUCAGUAGGAUUGGUCCCAUAAAGCUGCUUGUGUUCAGGUCAGCAGGAAAGUCGUGGAACUGCACCAAAGGAACUAGAGGUGGCAGGAGUUGAAUCCGUAAUUUUAGUCUGCAUCCCAAGCAACACUUUCAGUUGUAUUCCUGUUAACAGUUUAACUGAACUUCUUAUGCUGAGCUGUCUGUGCGGGAGCCUGCUUUCUGAAAAACAAAAUGCUCCAAAUUUUUCAUAAUUUCAGCAAGUGACAGAUUUCACAAAACUGGCUAAAUUUAGUCAGACAAAUUGAAGAAAGUCAUAUCUUGCCAUAUAAAAAUAUAUCAAUAAAAAUUACAGAGCAUGCUGACUUCUGCCUUCAAAGAUAGGUUUUAAAUUAUAUUAGCGGUAAACAUAGUAUUUUCCUUUUAAAACUUGCUUUUUCAGGAGUUCAGCUGAAUGCAAGUUGUGCCGGUGCCAAAUCUGGGUGCUAAUUUUCCAGGAUUUAGGCGUGUAUGUGUUUGCAGGAGAGGGACCUCUAGAAAUGCGACUUCCGAGAGUAGUAAAACUGAUGUCAGUGUGAUCUUCUGAUUAUGAAGGGCUGUAAGAUCAGGCCUUUAAUGUUUUGGAUCUUCUGUAGAUUGUUUAGGAACGAAAUGUGAUUUUUAACUGCGUUUUUGUGUUCCUCAAAAGAGUUAAGUGUCCCAAACGGCUUGAGUAAUGUUGAGUUCUCAUAGAACCUUUUGACUUUGGUGGGAAAUGAGAGUACUUUUGUCUCCUGAGGGUCUGGUUUAGUCAGAAUAAUUGAACUUAUAAAUUCGGGGGGGGGGGGGAGGUCUGUUAACUUGAAUGGGAAGAGUAUUUCAUUUAAUUUCUCCAGAUCACUGUUU